UUUUCUCAUUCACAUUCAGGAGGAAAAACAAAGCGGUUUGUCCCUGUGUUCUCGCCGUAGUAAUAGAUUUUCAAGAUGGCGACAUCUAUGCUGUUCCAGAUGAGGAGGUAUUGUCCACUGGUGCCAUGUCUCACUGUGGCUAGAAGACACUAUGCUUCCAAGCCACCAUCUGUGUUCAACAAGUUCCUCCUGCAGUUUAACCAGCGCUUUCUUGAGGUGGAAUAUCUCAUCAGACUGGGCAACUGGUUCAAAACUCGGGACGUGAGGCGUAAAAAUGUGUUUUAUGUUUACGCCCAGAAGAAAUACGGUGUCAAUGUCGCAGCAGCGUACUGCAUACUGAAACUAGGAGGAGGCUUCAGGUUUGCUGGACAGACCCAGUGGUUUCGUUCCGACACGAAGGGGAAGUUCAGUUUUGACUUUGUAAACACGCCAGACUGCACUAUAGAGGAGAUUGACUUGAGCAGUACUCUGAUAAACCAUGAUGGACUACACAACCUUACGAGUCAGCACAAUCUGCGUUCCCUGCACCUACAGGGCUGUCCGGAGGUUGACGACUGGUUCCUCUCCCGAUUGCAUGUUUUCGGCGAGUCGCUUCAGGAAUUAAACUUAUCCCACUGCCCUCGUAUCACUGUCGGGGGUUUAGCGGCACUGCAACACCUCAGGAAGCUGCAGAAAUUGGAUAUAUCCUCACUCCCACGACUGCAGAAUCCCGGCCUAGUGCACAUCCUUGUUGAGGAGAUGCUGCCUCACUGCACAGUCACCGGGGCUGAAUAUGAUCAGGGACUCCAAAUCCAAACUGACAAUUAGAAGCUCACGGAGACAGACUCACUAAGACAUGCUCAAAUGUAACAGGACUGUGGAUGUGGACUCGCUUGUUGCUCCUGUUGAUGUUUAGCCAUCUAAUUUCACAACGCUUGAUUAUACAUUUCUGUAAUUCAAGUGAGCAAGAGAGAUUUAUGCGAAAACUGUGUAGUAUUGAUAUAUGUGUAUAUUUAUGUAAUAUUUGGCUUUAGUUAACAAACCUAGGACAGAAGUGUAAUAUUGGAUUGAAGAGCCUAAUGUCCCCUUUCUGCUGAUGUCAAGCUUUCUGCUUGUCGAUACUUGUUGGUAUCUGUUGGACACCAAUUGAGGCCAUUCGAAUGUAGUUAAACAUCCAGUUUCCAAUACAGUUGUACAAUGUUUAGAUGAUAAUGAUUUAUUGAUGUGCACAAACACUACGUAAUGGUUUAAAUUGUUAAAAUAGCUGAGGGUUUGUAGUGGUACUUGUAAUGGAAAACAUUAAUUUCUGGGGUUUUUUCCCCUCAGCAGGGAGGUUAUAAGUAAUAAGGCAGUUGGAAAAUAAUUUACCAGACAGCGAAGGUGGUUUACCAUCGAUCAUUCGAUGUGCAUUUUGUAAAUGAAAAUGUUGUGUUAGACCGCAAAGAAGUGUCAGUUGAUGCAGUAAAUUUGCUUGUUACUUUUCUUUAACACGUGUUUGGGAGAUAAAUCUAUUAAGAGAGUGUGGUAAAUCCCAUAAGCCUUAUUACAGAGGUGUGGGAAUGUAGAGGGAGUUCAGGAAUCCAUAGUCGAAGAUAAAACGACUCCUAAAAAAGGUAAUUGUAUUUAGACAAGUCUCUUGGUUUCAUAUUUUAUGAUGCCUAAAUUUUAGAGCCUUGUCCACAGCUACAUUAUUUUCAAUGAAAUGUUCCCCACUAUUAAAACUAUGGUGGCGUUAUGCUGUAUUAUAAAAUAAAACCUCAAGGGGAAA